GCGCCGUGAUGUUGGCAGCCGGUUCGGAAUGAGGAAGACGGUGACCGGAGUCUGGGCUUAACGGGAGCCGCUGCUCACGGUGUCCGCGCGGUCCGUCAGCGCUCGUUUCCCGUUUGUUGCGUCUCCGCGGCGGGACGCAGCUAGCCUGCUGCUAGCUGUUAGCCUGUGACAAAGUUAAACAGGCGAAAAUGCUUAUUUUGAUCUUCUUCUAUUCACAGCACCGGUUAACGUGACCGUAUGAACUGUAUUUGUCCCACCGCAGCUAACUUGACUCCAUGAUCGGCAGGUGAGCCUGACAGGUGAGCCCACCUACAGCUCAGGUAUCUGCUGAAAAACGACCGUGUGGAGCGUCUGUUGACUGCAGUGAACCAAACUCAGAGAUUCCGGCAGUUUGUUCCAGCAGCAGCUCUGUUGCAGCUCUGCACAGAAUGAGAGACGAUGAAGAGACCGAAGCUAGCCGGACUGUUCCUCUUCCUGUGCUGCCUGCUGACCUACCUGAUGUUCGUGAAGCAUCACUACUCGACCUCCAGGCCCGAAGCCCACAGACUUCCUCCCCACCGCCGGCCCGUCUCCUCUGACGCCGGACGGCGCUUCCAGUUCGGCAUCAUGUUCGAUGCUGGGAGCACCGGGACCAGAAUCCAUGUCUUCAAGUUCCAGAUGGAGGACAAAGGAGCUCCCACGCUGGCCCACGAGACGUUCAGAGCCAUCAAACCGGGGCUGUCUGCGUACGCCGACGAGCCCCAGCAGUGUGCUGCAGGGAUCGUGGAGCUCCUGGAAGUCGCCAAGUCCAGCAUCCCCCCUUUGUACUGGACCUCCACCCCCGUGGUCCUGAAGGCAACGGCCGGCCUGCGUCUACUUCCUGGACAGAAGGCCGACCAGCUGCUGGACAGAGUGAGGGCGCUGUUCCUGGCGUCUCCCUUCCUGUCCGCAGACGACAGUGUGUCCAUCAUGGACGGCACUGAUGAAGGGAUUUCUGCUUGGAUCACUGUCAACUUCCUCACAGGUGGUCUUCACAGUGCUCACUCGCCCACGGUGGGGAUGCUGGAUUUGGGCGGCGGGUCGACUCAGAUCACCUUCAGCCCUCAGGAUGAGAAAACCAUCCAGACCUCACCUAUCGACCACAUCCGGUCCUUCCAGAUGUUCAACAACACACACCUGGUCUACACUCACAGUUAUCUGGGUCUGGGUCUGAUGUCGGCUCGCCUCACCAUCUUAGGAGGUGUGGACGCCCCGCCCUUAGGGGGCAGCACUGAGCUGGUCAGCCCUUGUCUUGCUCCAGAGUACUCAGGCAGCUGGGAGCAUGCUGACAUCACAUACACUGUGAAGGGGCAGAGGACAGGGGAGCUGGUUUAUGAGGCCUGCCUCAGCAGAGUGGAGAAGGUUCUGUACCAGAAGGUGACGGAGGUGUCCGGCGUGGCCAACAUGGACUUCUACGCCUUCUCCUUCUACUACGACCGCGCCGUCGACAUCGGCGCCAUAGAUGAGAAGGAGGGAGGAACCAUCCAGGUGUCCGACUACAUCCAAGCAGCUAAAAGAGUGUGCGGGGGGGUGUCCGGCAGUCCUCAGCAGAGCCCCUUCCUCUGUCUGGACCUGGUCUACAUCUCAGUCCUGCUGCAGGAGCUCGGCUUCCCUCCACAGAAGCAGUUCCGGCUGGCGAGGACCAUCAACCAGGUGGAGACCAGCUGGGCUCUGGGGGCCACUUUCCACUACAUGGAGACCCUGAAGAUGCACUGAAGACAAACCUCCGAGCUUUUAUUUUGAAAAGCUCUGGAUCCUGCUGAUUCAGACUCUGAAUGCAGCCCGUUUCUCUAGAAACCCUUCACACACACACACACACACACACACGUGCGCGUGUAUUAACUGAGUAAAUCAGGCCGUUUUUAUUCAAUUAUUUGAUUUGUUUCCAUUUUUCUUCUAAUAAUCCAGAAAAGUGGGACUAAAAUGUGAAAGCGUUCCGACCUCCCAGUUUGGAAGUCUGAAGCCGAACUCUUGUUUUUAAAGUACUCCUCGGACUCGCCUGUUCUCGGCUGUUUAAACACUAAACUGGUCUCCGUUUGAACGAGCUCGUCCGUCCGGUUAAACCAGUUUGUCUGUUAACCCGGAUCGUUUUUUUUCCACGGCGACUCCGACUGUCUUUGUUCUGAAGGACUUCCUGUUUGUAUUCCUGCAGUUUGAUGACGGGCAGCUCAUAUUUGAAUGUUUCAGUUCCUGUAAAAUUCCUGCAGAGCGUCGUCUGCUGCUGGCUCAGAGUUUCCAGAUGUGUCGUAUGUAUCAUCCAGUGUUAAUGGUCACCAUGGUUACCUGACAAAGCAGAGAUCAGAGUCGUUCACCUUAACGAGUCUGAUUUCUGGGGCAGAUUUUUACAUGAAUGCAGAAAUGAAACUUUGUCUGCGCACUUGUUUUAUGAUUGUUUUAUGAGCUGCAGAGGAGCCAUUUUUAUUUGAGGUCUAAAAACUGAUCCAGAGUCAGCCGCGGCCGUGGAGACUGGAGCUGCUGCUGACCCGAGCGCUCGGCCUGGGGUGGGAAACUGGAACAUCUGGUGGAUAAAAUCAGGGAGCCUGAGGACUUUAAUCAGACCUUCAGUGCUCGGGCAGCCCUUUAACCAAAGAACAGCUGUGACCCUGAGAAGCUGCUUCCUCUCCUCCUCAUUUCAUCGUCCUCCAGCUGCUCCGACACACUUCAGGACCUUCGAGUGUAAAACUGUGAUAAACGCACAGCUGCAGCUAUCGAUUAUUUUAGGAAUCGAGCAGUCGGACAAAAACUUUUGUUAAUGAGCAAUAAUAAAUGUUCAAAACAGAAAAACUGCCAGUUUUUAAAAUGAGCUGCUGUUUGGUUUCCACUGUAGAAAUAUCAGUGUUUCUUUCAUUGUGUCUACAUCCCAUAAUAAAAUCCUACUGAAGACUCACAGGACAGUCAGGCACACAUACAACCUAAACUAGAGCAGACAAUAAAAUAACCUUUACUCAGCUCAGAUCAGU